UAUGCCAGAACAUGAAAUUGUGUUUCCUAGUGACACUGAAAUUGCUGCAGAAUGCAAAAAUGAUACAGAUGUUACGUACCUUCUUCCAAUCCAAUGCACGGCAGAAGAUGGAAAUUGUCUUCUCUCACCAGGUGCAUGGACAAACUUAGGUUGUUGGGCAGAUGAUCCUUCGGAUGAAGCUAUUUGGCCACCUGUCGAUCACUUUCUUGAAUUAGAUUUGUUAUCAAGAAAAAAUCCUAUUAAAGAAUGUGCUGAGUUUGCUUAUAGUCGAGGAUAUUCUGUGGUUGCUCUUCAAAAUGGUGGAAUUUGUUACACUAGUUCUAAUGCUGAAAAAACCUACACAAAACAUGGGUCGUCUGCUGCAUGUGGCACCAAUGGUAAAGGAGGUGUCAACGCCAAUCAAGUCUACAAAUUUGUCGACUAUUAUGCUUGGAAAUUUGAGUCAUCGAUGUCCAGAGGAUUGCCAAUACCUGGGAUGGAAAUAUCAAGAACUUGUUCUAAGUCCAAUGGAAAACCUAAAAUUAUUGCUGACGAAGAUUGUGAAGUUCGAUUAUCAUACAGAAGAAGAAAAUGUCAUCACUGGCAUGAAGACAUAGGAAAACAAGAAUGUCUUGCACAUGGAUGUUGUUUUGAUGAUUAUAUAAAUAUACAUUCAGGAACAAUCCAGUGUUUUGAGAGAAGGGAUUCAGGAUAUUUUUCUGGACCAAACAUUCCUGUCUCAAGAACGCAUAACAGAUUUUUCUGUCAAAAACCAAAGAAAAAGGCGUGUGAAUAUUUAUCAAAUACAUGUCAUGAAAUGUCCACCUGUCUUAAUGAUAGAAUCUUUCAAAAUGAAAUAGCUCACUGCUAUUGUAACGAAGGUUAUAUUGGAGAUGGUCAUUUUUGUGUUGAACUUCAGCAAUGUCCACCAUCAUGGAAUUAUACUAAAAAUACAAAUAUAUGCUCAAAGAAAUUCUUAGAAACAGACAAUUACAAUUUUACAUCAUCAGUACCAAUUUCUUUAGCACCAAGCUCUUUAUUUGUGGAACUGACGUCAAGACCACCCGACUCAAGAGCAUUUGGAUUUGAAAGAAUUGAAAUUAACAGAGUUUCAUCAAAACAAGUAAAUUGGAAUCAAGAAUUGGAAGCUUGUGUUUUAUUGAUGACUUUCAAUAAUGUGGGAGAAAUUGUUUUUGAGUUGUGGAUUUAUAAUAACCAUGACAGUGUACAAACACGAGGCAGUAUAGCAGAAUUUUUCAGAGAAGAGACACAAAAAGCAACUUACUUCAGUGUAACAUCAUCUGGAUUUCUGAAGGAUACACUGAUGUCACUUAUUAUAGAAGAACUGAAUGAAAUGGAAAUAAACAUAGAGAAUACUGAAUAUGACAUUAUACCACAAGGGAAAUAUGAAUUGCUAGAUGAAGUGGUUUACACAGAGAAAUCGGAUGAAAUUAUAUUCCAUUGCAAGUGUGUUAAAGAGGUCACUGAAGAUGGUGUGAAAUGUCUUGGUUCUGCUAUUCACAUAGAGAAUGAUGUCAAGCGUUGUAGAUUGUAUUAUGAAAAGGCAACAAAUGAUACACAGAUGAACAUCACCACAGUAAAAAAGACAGACAAUAUUCGAAUAUCAUAUCAAGAACAGGAGUUAUCUGCAACUGGGGUCACAGCUGAACUUCAAUGUCCUUUUCCAUCACUCACUCCUGUUGUGAUGGCAGUGGAUGCCACAUACACCUUAGAUGAAAGCCUUCGCUCCGUUAGUGGGAAAUGUAACAAAUCCCCUUGUGUUAUUCAACUUGCUUGUCCCUGGAUCUCCUACAAAGACGAUACAAUGGAUGACCUCCAACAAGGUCCUCUUGGUCUUCAACUAGUAUGUCGAAGAUUCACAGCUGAUAUUGUUAAAUGUCCACUUGUUGAACAAUUUUCUGUAUUCAAUGGCAUGACAAGCAACUCUGUUCAAGUGCUAUUGUCAAAUGGGGAUCUUUUUCAGGGAGUAUAUUUGGAUAUGGACGAGUUGCUCAAUUUAGGAGCACCAUCAAUUUCUUAUUCUACAUCUGAACUUAGCAACAACACUUUUAAAUGGCGUCCUCUGGAGUGGUUUUGGAUAAAUGAUGAGUACCCAGACAUGGUCUUUGUUGGUGUGAAAAACAGAGCAAUAAAAUUUAGCGGACAAGAAGCUCGUACUCAGGGAGAUAUUUGUUGGGGAAGAUUAGGUGAUCCGAUUCUAUGUCGUCUCGGAACGACAAUUUCUUUUUGGUUUCGAAUUCUGGAAUUUCCUUCAUCCUCCCAUUUGAGGAUUUUAGAUACAGGUGUUUGGGAAAUGACUGACGAGUGUGGAGGAAUAUCAGCAUUUAUUGAUCCUUUGGAUUUGAACCUCCAUCUUGUUGUUGCUUUGAAUCAAAAUAAAAUGUGGAGUGUUGUUGUUCCAAUAAAGAAAAUGAAAUGGUAUCAUGUAAUGUUAUCCUGGUCUGAACGUGAUGGCCUCUGGACAAAUAUUAACAAAGGAGAAUUUGUGAGAUAUGCUGAAACACACACUGGAAAAGCAAGAAUAUUCAAACAAAAUGUGACAGAAAAAAUUAAUUGCAAUGAUGCAAUGUUGAGAAUCGGGAAUUUUAAGAAAAAUGAGUUUUGUGAUGGUUCUUUUCAAAUUGAUGAAUUGUACUUAUUUCCUGAACGAUAUGAAGAAGAAUUUGCAUACGAAAUAGCAGGUUUGAGUUCUGCUCUCCCAAUACACCAUGAGUUCAAUGGGCAUAGUUCUUAUACCAAUGCAAAUUCAUGCAGUGGGGAGGAAGCGGAAGAGCAAGAUGUUUUAGAAUCAAUUGAAUCUGCUUUUGAUGAAGCUUUCUAUGGACUGGAGCCGACUUUUCGUUGUUUUGAAUUUGAACAAAGUUGUCUUGGAUCCUCGAUUAGAUGUGUCAAUGGAAUUACCAUUGCUUUUACCAUUACUAUAAAUGCCGAGCUUACGUUAUCUGAGCUGAAUUCUCUCCGUCCCGACACAGUUGUGGGUAACAUACCGGUACCUAUAUAUCCUGGCCAGGGUCCGUCAUAUGGAUUUUCUGUUUAUCUUGAUUAUAUAAAAGCUGCAAGUUCUGGAGCUACACAAGACCAAUUCUAUAUGAGAAUAACCACAAGUACAAAUAAGGAUGGAACAUAUGCCAAGACAUACAUUGUUUUGAAACAAGGAAUAUCGUAUUUUUUCAUACUUCAAAUGUCACGACAUGGUAAAUGGAGAUUAAUUCAAGACUGGCCUAAUGAAAACAGAGUUUUGAGUAAUGUAGGUACUCCUCUGGAUCCAAGAUCAUUGCCAGAAGAAUUAUUGAAUGCAACAGAUCCACAUACUCAAUUUAUUGUCGGACCAACAAUUUUGAAUGAGAAAUCUUUAUUUCAAGUUGAUUUAAAAGUCAUAGAAGAAGAUUUAGAUCUUGUCGUCGUUUUUAAUGAAUUCCAUGGAGUAACAGAACCUUAUUAUUGGCCACUUGUUGAUGAUGACCUAAAAACAAAAAGUGGUAAAAUGAAAUUUGUGAAAAAUGGAGCAAUUGAAAGAAUAAAUGCCAUGGCGGUUAUGGGCACUUUAUUGAAUAAUACAGAACUUUAUGAUGCUGAUCAAUCCUAUGCUUCGAUUGAGUUGCCACCACAGGAAAUGGCUGCAUUACCUUGUCUUGCUAACAUUGAUGAAUGCUGGAAUGGAUUCACAGUGCAGUUCUGGAUGCAAAUAAUAAAGUGUUCAUAUAAUCUAUCUGAAAAUUGUGUUUUUGUAACAAGCAUGCCUACGAUAUCUUCAUCAUCAAAGGGAUUUGCAAUUUAUAAGUCAUCAUCAGACAAUUAUCUCCAUAUUUUGAUUCAAACUUCUUCUUAUCGAGUUGAAUCUGUCUUCAGCAUUCCUCAGUCUCAUGAAAACAAAUUCAUUCUUUUGAGAAUAUCAUGGCAUCCGAUUAAAGGUUUAAGUGUCUUCAUCAAUGACGUAUUAAAAUCAAGAAUGUCACCAGAAGAUAACAAUUUAUUGGAUAUUUCACAAGAGAGCUCAGUUUUGAGUAUUGGAUGCUGUGCUAAUGAUAACACAUCAUGUUCUACUAUGAGAAUACAUGACUUCUACUAUUGGGAUGCAGUUGUUGAAGGAAAGCCAUUUACGGAUUUAGCUCAUAGUUGCAGCUCCUCAAUGACACAAAUAGGAGAAGCUUGCUUUCUGGUUGCAUUAACAUCAUAUGAUUCACUCAGUGAAUCUCAGGAGUUUUGUGAAACUUUAGGAGGAAAUUCUGCAUCUAUACCAACAUUGGCACAUUAUGCAAUUUUAACUAAGCUGAUAGGCAAUAGCUUGUUUCAAUGGGCGACAGAUUUCAGAGCUGAAAAUGGAAAGUUUUUCUGGGAAAAAGCAGGCAUCACUGUUGAUGAAACGAAAUUUGUACCAAUUCUUGACGUAUCACAAGUAGAUGUCACAGCAGAAUUUCUUUUCAUUGGAAACUUUCUGCAAGAACAAUCAGCUGAAAAUCAAGAUGGAACAAUAUGUGAAAUUCCGUUUGUUCAUGAUCCUUUUUAUUAUGGAUGUGUACAAAUAGAGCAAAAUAUAUUGGAUGUCAAAGGGUCAUUAUUAGAAAUUCAUACAGAAACAUCUGAAAAUUCACUAGGAACUUACAAUUUUGCACAAGCUUGUUCUAUUGGAUGCUUGAAUGAAAAGGACAGAAGCUUAUCUGCUAUAACAUCUGGAAACUGCUACUGUAUAAGUGGGACAAUGGAAGAUUACAAUAUCCCUAAAGUAAGUCAAUGGGAAUGCAAGUCAUCAAUACAAGAUGGAAAAAUAUCUCUAGGAAAAUUCGGAAUUUUAUCUGAUAACAAUUUUCACCCUGAUCACUGCGGAUCGAUUCAAAUGGGUGGAUCUUACAAAUGCAAUAAAAACGAUAGUCAAUCUGUUACAUCAUCUAUUUAUGCAUCUUUAUAUGACCGCUAUCAAUUAACUCUGAAACCAACGAGAAAAUUAUUAGAAUUUGGAUUUUCCAUAAUCAACAAUCAAAUAAAUGUAUCAAGCAUUUACAGUCACAUAAUCUUUGAAAUACAGUUACACCUAUUCUUGUGCAAAAGUUCAAUGGAUUACCCUGCUUUCGAUACUGUUGAUAGCAACUGUGAUGGAGUUUUGAUAGAUGUAAAUUAUGACUUCAACAAUGAUGUGUCAUAUGACUUGAGAGAACAGACGACAAUUCAGGCCACCAAUUUUCGGCUUUAUCAUUACUAUGAACAACCGGGUGAAUAUGAAAUCACAGUGACCAUAAGUGCAAACAAACAAGGAGAAACUUUCAAUAAUACGAAGACACUAACAAUUAGACGUAAACCUGAUACAAUAGUUUUGUCUCAUUUAUCGAUUCCAUUUGGAAAUCCUGGAGAAAAGAUAAAAGUACAACCUUUUUCAUUAUCUGGUGAAGAUAUUAGAUGUGUAUGGGAUUUUAAAGAUGAUACUCCACUGGAGAAAACAUCACACGAUUCCGUUCCUAUUCCCUCAGCAUAUCACAAAUUUAAGAAUCCUGGGGUGUACGAAAAUGUGUAUGUUCGCUGUAACAACGAGAUAUCAAUAAGACAUAUAUUUGCAACAGCGUUCAUUGAUUAUCCGAUCAAUCUUCUUGAAGCAGAACAAAAUGUUGUUUUAAACUUUGAAUCCGAAAGUUAUGAGCACAGCUGGAGAGUCUUUGGAGGCUCAAAUAUAGUUUGCAAAGUUAAAUUUGGCAACACGAUUAUUCCAGAGAAGAUGGUUGAUGAAGAAAGGAACGAUCUUUCAUCUUAUUUUCAAUAUGACGAAAAAACUUCAAAAGGCAAAGCAAUAUUGAACAGAACUUUAUAUUAUGAUGUAGGAAAAUCCUUUGUUCCAGCAACGUAUAUUGUGUCAGUCAUGUGUUAUAAUUCUGCUACUGAUCCUGUUCCUAUAGCUCUCACCUAUCUUAUUGUGGAAAGGGAAAUAAAAAACCUGACAGCUGAAAUUCUUGGUAACAAGAAAUAUUUCUUACCAAAUGAAGAAAUGAUUAUAUUUGUCAAUAUAAAGGAAGGGCAAAAUAUUCAACUCGGAUGGGAUUUUGAUGAAGAUCCAGAUAAAAAUUUUGUUGAAAUAUGUGGAAAUGAUAAUUGUGAAGAAAGGAAAGUAAGCAUGAAAUAUCCGUAUGAAGGAAUAUAUAACAUAACAGUGACUGCUUCAAAUGCUUUAACAUCUCUGAAGAAGACUUUGGGAAUCGUAGUGGAAAUUUCAAUCUCACCAUUUUCUAUAAAAGCAACUGAUGUUCCAAUGCCAAAUGAUGAUGUUGAAAUUAUUCUCAUACAUCCAGUGUCUGAAGCUUUGUUCCCAACACCUGGUUUAGUUGAAUUUAGAUAUUCUUCAGAUGAUGAUGAUGAUGUCGUAUUCUUGUAUUUCGAAACAACGUCUGGAGAAUUAUUACAUUUGCACAAAUUCAAAUCAAUUGGAAUAUAUGGCAUAGAAGCUUAUGCAUAUAACAAUGUUAGCAACUUUAACAUAUCAACUUCAGUGCAAGUUGGGAAAAAUAUUUCAGAAUUGCAGCUAACAGUGGCAUCUUCCAGGUAUCUAAGGACAAAUAUGGAUCAAGUAGAUUUGCAUAUCACAAUACAAGAGGGUUCUGAAGUAACUUACCUCUUAUCAUUUGGUGAUGAAAAUAUCACAAGAACUGACCCAUACAUGAUCACUGAGAAUAAAACAAGGAGUCAUUCUAUUGUACCUGAUUUCAAUUAUGUUAAACACUAUUAUAUGGAACCUGGGAAUUACACAUGCUCUGUCGUUGCUGAAAAUGUAUUUGGUCGUGAAGAAUUUACAAUAUCAGAAGAAAUUAUUGUACAAAAUCCUCUCGAUGGCGAUGUUAUUUUGUUUCUUGCACCCAUAAAUACAGUACCAUACCCCCCAGGAGAUUUGGUUUUGAAUGCAUCAUUACAAAUAAUAAAAGAGUCAAUUGUUCCAUUAUUAAACUUCAAUAAUAUUGAUGGUUAUGCAAACAAUGUUCACAUGAAAAUAUAUUUGGAUGAGUAUCUGCUUCUCAAAAAUUAUGGGGAACACGAAAGUGAUCUUUUUCCAGUCAACAUUACAUUACCAAAGAACAAAGUCGGAAAUGUGAAUAUAGCUGCCAAAUUAGAAAAUAGCGUGAGCUCAAAGGCAUACAUAUUCAAUUUUAUGAUGUCUGAAUUAAUAGAAAAUAUACUCGUACGUGUUUCAGCUGAUGCUAUAGAUAGUAUUGUUGAAACAAUAUCAGACACCCGCUUUUAUGUUGAUUCUUUCAUAAAUGAAAAAAUUGUGUUCAAAUUAAGCACUAUCAAAGGAUCUCAUGUUAGAUAUAAUGUAUUUUUCGGUGAUGGGAACAAUUCAACCAUAGAAAGCACAACUUUGUAUGGAUCUGAACGUUUUGUUACAACCAAAUAUGCGUAUGAUCAUCCCGGUGUUUAUGAUAUCUUUGUUACUGCUGAAAAUGAUGUCAGCAAAAGUAAUUUGACGAUAAAAGAGUCAAUUCGAAUCUAUCAAAGACUGUCUUCUGUUGUCAUGAUGACAAAUUAUCUGAAUAACGAUAAUUUCGAUUUUACAAUUGAUGAUCCAAAUGAUUAUGGAUUAGAAGAGCGAAUUUCUGGACAUAAAUUUAGGAAUUCCCGUUACUUCCCAUUGAGUAAAACCUUAUUGUUGACGGCAUUUAUCUCUUCUGGUUCAAAUGCAACAUUUACUUGGAUUUUAAACGAGGAAAGAUUAUCAAUAACGAGAACAUUAGAAGAUGGUGUUUUCAAUGUUGUCAAUUUAACUCAUCCUGCACAGAAGUGGAUUGUCAAUGGUAGCUAUGGAAAUGAUAAAAUAUUGAUUGGAUUGGACAGAACAGCUUACACACAGAGUCCAAUGAGAUCUACGUUGUUUGUUAAAUAUAAAAAUCCCGGUAAACAAAUUAUAAUGGUCAAUGUUUCAAAUGCAAUUUCAUCACAACAAUCCCGAUUUGAAUUGGUGGUUGAAGAUGAAGUAAAAGAUGCAAAGUUUAUUGAGACAGAACCACCAUUAGCCAAUUUAACAACAAACAUGACAUUCUGCAUAGGAGAGCUUGGAACAGACUCCUGCAUGGUUUUAAAUUGGGGAGAUGGCACUCCACCAGCUGCUUUUGGAUUUAAUAAAGAUUUUUGUAUACAAGAUCAAAGAAUUGUUUCUGAUAUUUAUAGAAAUUUAUCCUUGAAUAAAAAUGAAAGUUUUGUAAAAGAAAAACAGAUUACCAGUGUAAUGUGGCCUCCAAAACUGAAGCAAUAUAAUUCAACUAUGCCAUCCAUUAAUAUCACUGUAUCGCAUACAUAUGUUGUGGAAGGAAUAUAUCAGGCAAGCUUAUCAGCAUUCAAUCGUGUCUCGCAAUCUUCUGAAAUCAAGACGAUCGUUGUUAUUAAAAUUCUAUGUGAUUAUCCUAGAGCACAGAUAGAUAAGUCGACAUCAAACUCUCGUUCUAAACCAAGAGAGGUUCUGAAAUCUUUGCCAUUUGACUUGUAUAGUUUCACCAUGAUUCGUUGUUUAAUAUCCAGUCAAACAAGCAUGACCUGGUCUGUAUAUAAGGAAUAUGAGGAAGAAGAUACAAGAACUGUUGAAGAACAAAAUGAUUUUUUUGAAGGAUUAUCUGACGGACAAAGAAGCAUUCAUGCAUUUGUUAAAGAGAAUUAUAUUUCUGAUAAAUAUUAUUAUCGCUUCUAUCCGGGACUUAGUUACACAUCAAGGUCCGAAACAAUAAGAAUACCUCGGCGAUUCAUGAUGCUAAAUAUAAGCCUUAUUUGUGUAAAUGUAGCAAUGGUUGGUGUAGUUGGAAUCAGUACAACUGACUGUAUAUACAUCAAAGUCAAUCCUACUCCUCUUGUUGCUGGUGUGAUAUUCGGAAAUGCAAGAACUGUUGGGCAUGAUGAGAUAAUCAAAAUCAGUGGUAUUGGAGCCUCAUAUGAUCCGGAUAUCAGUGAACCUGAGGGAGGGUUGCCAGACUAUUCACAAGAAAAUAAUGAUCUUGGUCAAAAUCUUUUUUAUCAUUGGUCUGUAUUAUUUCUCACUAAUACAUCAGCAGGAGAUUAUUCAACUGGGGGAACACAGGAACAAAUUGACAUGGUGUUUGGAAAUUUACCGAAAUACAAGGAAGUAUCAGUUUGUGUAAAUAAAAACAUCGAAUUGCUUUGUCCGAAUCAAGAACUCCAUAUCAACAUAUUCAAUGUAACAUUAUACAAUAGCGCCGACGGUUCAGAAUGUGAUUUAUCAACUUCACAUUGUUCAACAGAGAAAAUCAUGACUAAUCUCAUGGAUCAAUGCCAAGGAAGUCAUAUGUGUACUGUUGAGCCUUUACAUAGUUGGUUUGAACCAGAUAAUACGAGUUAUUACCAGUUUUCACCAUGGUUGACUGGUUCAGGGGAUGCAGUAUCUGGUUCAGGAUCGACUUUGGAACUCAUAACUAAAUCAUCGAAUUGUUUCAAAUUUGUCUACAGAUGUAGAAUGCCAGAUGAAUACAUUUAUUUCCAACCAUCUUCAUCAUGCAUAUCUUCUGGUUACUAUUUAAACAAUCAAGAUUAUGAAAAAGGUUUAUCUUCUAUCAAUUUGGAAAAUGUCAACGGGACUACAUGCCCCAAUCUAACAGUUGACGCAAGUAAACUAAAGAAAAAUACCAGUUAUAUUAUAUUUGUUAAUGUAACCGAUCCAAUCACUAAGAGAAAAGCUCUUUCAUUUCAAAUAUUAAACAUAACAGAAGGAGCACCGCCCACAUUAAGGAUUCAGUGUGUUGUCAACUGCAAAGGAAGGGUGAAUAGUUUCAAAGUACUUUCAUUAAAUGUUGGAUGCACUUCAUGUAAACCAAACAGUAAAAUUUCAUACAAGUGGUCUCUUCUGGUACAACUUGAUAAGAAUGGAACAUUUUUACCUGAAGAAAAUUUUAACAAUUUCACACUCACUGGUAAAACGUUACCUGCACUUGUGUUACGAGCACAAACUCUGAAGCCUGGAUUAAAAUAUAGAAUCCAAGCUACAGGUUUUUUGCCAGGUUACUUACCUGGAAUGACAUUUCAAGAUGUUUUGAUCAAUUUACCACCAUUUGGAGGGCAAUGUGAUAUAUUUCCGAAAUCAGGUAAUUGUUUGAAUCAAACUUUCACUAUCGUUUGUCGGGAUUGGAAAGAUGAAGGAAUAAAUGCGGAAACUGGUGAAUUGGACAAUACAGUAACAUUGAAGUAUGAGGUUUGGUAUCAAAAACAUUCUUCUGCAACACCAUAUUUGCUAUCAUCAGGAAAUAAUCCAGUAAUAGCUGAUAAAUAUUUAGCUCCUGGCAUAGAAGAAGAAGAAUACUGGGUAACUUUGUAUGUUAAUAUUGUGGAUGGAUUUGGUGAUAAAGCUAAAGUACCUAUUAAAGCGAAGGUUUUUGAAAUAUCGGAAUCAUUGGAUCAAGUUCUUCAAAAUAUGACAUCAGCUACAGUCAGUACUUCUGGUGCCCAAGUUACAUCACAGUUUUCACAGAUGGCAGGAGAACUUCUUAACUCACAAGUUGCUCAAGAUAUAAACAGCACUAAAGAAACAUCACCAGAUGUUCAGAAGGAGAACAAAAAAAAUCGGGCAAAAAUGAGAUCACAACUUGUUGAAGCUGUCACACAAAAAAGCAGCUAUGAUAAUAAUCUUGAAGGGGUGCAACAAGCUAGCAGUGCAUUGAAAAGUUUAUUGGAGACACCGGAUGAAGUUGGAAAUGAAACACAAUUAGCUGCUGUGAAUGCUUUGUCUGAUAUGGCAUCUUCAUUAGCAGGUGUUGCAAGUUUAGAAGCACCAGAAGAUCUAGAAGAGGCUGCAUCAGAUUUAGUUGGUGCUUUGGAUAAUGUUGUUAAUGCUGCAAUUGAGCAAGUUGUCAGUGCUUCUGGACCGUCGUUUACGCUUCCACCUCCAACAUCUGCGUCUGCUAAAGAAAUUCUUGAUGAAAAUGAAGAAUAUUUAUCACCAGAAGAAAGAAUUGAAUAUAGAAAACAAAAAGAGAAAGAAGCUGCUGAAAUUCAUGCAGCUAAUCGUGAACAGGCACAACGGGUUGGUGGUUCUGCUCUAGGUUCAAUAUUUUCUCUUUCAUCGUCUUUAAUGAAACAAAAACAACCUGGAGAACCAAGUGUAAAGUUAUCUGGAAAGGAUAUGACAGUAGAGAUUGAGAGAAAGACAGCAGCAAGUUUGUGUAGUAAUGAUGAUGAUUCCACAAACAAAGGUUUCAAACUCCCUUGUGGAUCAAGCUUUCUUGAUGGGCUUGAUGCAGAGGAUAUCAUAGACGUGGAGGUGGUCGUGAGUAAAAACAAUCCAUUUAUAUGGGAUGAUAGUGCAGACAAUAUUAAUUCUGAUAUUAUCAGUUUGAAUUUAAAUCUUCCGAAUAACAAAGAAAUCAAUUCAACUAAUUCAACAAGUUCAUUUCGUAUCGAAGUUCCGACUAAGAAAACAAAAUACAGGGAUCCUGAAUUAUUUACAUAUUCUCCUUCUGGAUUGGAUGAAAUGUCUUACCAUGAAGUUAACUUGAAUAAGCCAGAAGAUGUUAUAUUUCUAACUAUUGCACCAGAAGAAGAUGCCAAUAUUCGUUUAUAUUUUGAACUUGCAGAAAGUCUCAAAACCUUUCCGAAUCUUGUAAACAACUCACUGGUAUUAGAUGUGAAAGACGUAGCAGACAAUGUACUGUUUCCCGGUAGAAUUCGACUUGAUAUUGAUAGUCUGGGAACAACUGGACGUUUCGUUUUUGGUAUUCAUGAAAUCGAUUAUGAUGGUAAUGUGAAAUAUUUUAAAAACAUGACUUGGCAGAAUUACACACUUCAUACAUUUACUACAUCAUGCAGAUAUUGGAAUGAAACACUUGAAAAAUGGGAGACAGAUGGUUGCCUUGUGAGUUCAGAGACGACAGAAGACAAAAUCGUUUGCUUAUGUUCUCACCUUACAUCAUUUGGUGCUGAUUUUUUCGUUGCACCAAAUCCAAUUGAUUUUGCAGUGAUUGCACAAAACAUCGGAGAUUUGGCAAAUAAUCUUGCUGUUUUACUCACCUUAGUUGCGAUAUUUGUUCUAUUUAUAUUAGGUUUGAUUUUCUUCAGACGAAAAGAUAAGCAAGAUAUUGAAAAGUGGUCUGUGUCUCCACUGCUUGACAAUCAACUCAUUCACACAUAUUUUUAUCAAAUGACAAUUCGAACUGGCAAAUGGAAUAACUCUGGCACAAAAAGUAAAAUAUAUUUCAUGUUAAGUGGAGAAGAUGGUGACACUCCUGUUCGUCGUCUUUCAACUAGAGAUAACAUGGUGUUCAAGAAAAAUGAGGUCACAAAGGUAAUUUUAUCAACACACAAGCCAUUGGGAACAUUGAAUUAUAUUCGUAUCUGGCAUGAUAAUUCAGGUGAUGAAGAUUGGGCUUCUUGGUAUUUGGAUUCCCUUCUCAUCACAGAUCUACAAACAAAUGACAAAAACUACUUUCUUUGUGAUGAUUGGUUAGCAGUUGACCAAUCAGAUGGUAGUGUUGAUCGAGUAAUUUUACCAGCAGGAAGUGAAGAAAUAGAAAGUUUUAAAAACUUAUUUAAUGCUUCAACAAGAAGAGACUUUAGUGAUGGUCACUUGUGGUUUUCAAUGUUCUCCCGGCCCACAAAAAGUAAUUUUACAAGAUGCCAAAGAUUAUGCUGUGGAGUUACUUUAUUGCUUUGUACAAUGUUAGCAAGUGCAAUGUUCUAUGGCAGAGAAGCUGAUAAUUCAAAUAAACAAGGAAUCUUUGAAAUUGGUCCUAUAAAGUUUUCCGUACAGCAAGUUAUGAUAAGUGUUCAGUCUUCAUUGAUAGUGAUUCCAAUUAAUCUUCUGUUGGUGCAAAUGUUCAGAAAAUUGGCACCAAACAAAAAAAAUAAUGGCAGUGUAUCAAAAUCAGCUCAAAACAUUCUUUCUACAAUUUCUCUGCAUAAUGUUAUCGAAAAUGAGGAAGAAGAAGAAAAAGAGAAAGCAAAAAUGGAAAUGAAACAACCAUUCAUGUUUCCACAUUGGUGCCUUUACAUUGCAUGGACAAUUGUUGUUCUGACUUCACUCUCAUGUGCUGGAGUGGUUUUCUUAUACAGUAUUAUGUGGGGACCAGAAAAAUCGAUUGAUUGGUUGACUUCUAUUAUAUUCUCAUUCACGCAAUCUGUAUUUAUAAUACAGCCAAUCAAAGUUGUCGUAGCAGCGAUAAUAUUUUCAGUAUUCGUGAAAAGAAUUGCAUCGAAUAAGGCAAAAGAUGCAGUUGCUGAAGUAAUGGAAGCAGAACAAGUUGAGAAUGAUAGAUUUCAAGAUAUUUGUGUAAAACUGGAAGAACAAGAGGAAUGGCUUUUAAGAUUCCCAGAUGAUGAUUUAGAUGAUGAGACACAUACACAGAUGUUACCUCCAUCUCCUGAUGUUUUGGAAAAAUCUCGUCGAGAAAUGUUAAAAAGAAAACGAAUGGUUUCUACAGCAUAUGAAAUCCUAUCAUAUCUAUGCUAUGUAUUGUUAUUGCUGGUUGCCAGUAAUUCAGCAAAAGAUCCGAAUGCCUUCAAAUAUCAUGAAUCUCUAUCAUCAGUCUUCGUAAAAUCUGGCGAUCCCUCCUUCAAUGAUGUUCGUAGUUUUGAUGACUUUUGGUCAUGGUGCAACGGCAGUUUAGUUGACGCUCUGUUUGCACCAGAUUGGUAUAAUGGGAAAAAAGUAAAAUUCUCUGAAAGUAGAUUUAUCAGUGACAGAGCAUCAUUUGUGCUUGGACCAGCCAGACUCAGACAAAUAAGAGUUAUUGAUGAUGUGUGUGUUCCCCCGGGCUCUUCAACAAAGAUAACAAGCAGAUGUUUUCCACAAUAUGAUUUUUAUAAAGAAGAAACAAAAGAUUUUCUUCCAUUUUGGAAACUUGAUUUAUCUCAUAAUGCAUCAGAAAAAGCAACACCUUGGACUUAUCAAAGUUUCAUUGAUCUAGGUGGAUAUCUAUAUGAAGGAAGGAUUCAUAUGUAUAGUGGAGGAGGAUAUGCAGCAAUACUUGGUAACACUCCAAAACAAUCCAGAAAUAUUCUUCAAGAUUUAAAGUCUCAUGAUUGGAUUGAUCAUUAUACCAGAGGAAUAUUUGUAGAACUAACGGUAUAUAAUGCAAAUAUAAAUUUGUUCGGAUCUCUUCUACUACUGUUUGAAAGAGCAGAAAGUGGACAUUUCGAACCCCAUGUUAAAAUAUAUGCAAUAAGAUUGUUUGAAUUUAUUGACGGCAAAGGAUAUUUAUUAGUCGGAAUUUAUGCUGCUUUCUUAUUAGUCCUUAUCUACAAAUGGUAUAGGAUUAUCAAGCACAUAAUAAAACAAAAAUUAUCAUAUUUGAAAGAUUUUUGGAACAUGCUUGAUUUUGUUAGCUCCGUAUUAUCGAUUGUGUUGAUUCCUUUGUAUGCCAUAAGAUAUAUUCAAGCGCAAUACAUCCUGAACAAACUGAAGAGAGAUCCAGAUAAAGAGACUUUCGUCAACUUCCAAUAUAUCACAAUAUGGAAUGACACAUUUCGUUACUUGAUGUCAUUUAUUGUAUUUUUUGCUAUUGUACGUUUCAUACGACUUCUGCGAUUUAAUCGUCGGAUUCGAAUGUUGACAAACACUCUCAAAAUAUCUGCUAUACCACUGUUGUCAUUUGCUAGCAUGUUUGCUUUGUACUUCACAUCUUUCUUGUUCUUGUCAUGGCUUUGGUUUGAACAGAAAAUAUAUUCAUUCAGUACACUGCUAUUGGCGGCUGAAGAAAUGAUUGUAAUGAUGCUUGGGCGUUUUGACUUCACAGAAUUGAAACAAGCAGAUAGAAUGCUCGGCCCAAUAUUCUUCAGUACUUUUACACUUGCUUGCACCAUUGCUCUUGUUAAUAUGUUUGUUGUUUUGCUGGACGAGGGCAUCAAAAAGGCUCGGAUAGAGAAUGAAACAACUGCAAAUGAAUUUGAACUUGUUGAUUUUUUGACGAAGAAAGUGAAAGAGGGAAUUAUCAGCUAUCUACCAUCAUACCUGAGUCCUUCAAACAAAGCCAAGUACAAAUCAAAGACUGAAACAGCAGAGAAGCCGUUUGCCAGUCCAGACUAUAUACAUUACCCUGAUGAAGUUCUUCUGAGAAGACUUGAUACUAUCGCCGAUCGAGUAGCUGAUCUAGAAAAGUUUUGGAUUCCGGAGGAAAAACUGCCUACUAUUGAUGAGCUGGAAGCUGAGCUGAUAGAAGCAGAAAGAAUAGAAUCAUUUUCUAGCUUUUAAAAAAAAUUACUCACAAAUUAAAAAUAGAUUAGUGAUUUUAAUUAUCCUAAAGUAGUGCUUUUUAAAUUACACUUGUUGUAGAGUUUAGGAGUCACAUUUAGGAGUCAUCGUUAAGAUUUGAUUUUUUUCAUGUGCAUAUUCUUGUUGCGAUAUCAGUUUGUAUUUUUAAUUUCAAAACGAUUAUAUUUUGUUUCUAGGUAGAGACUAGAGAUUUGAAUAGCAUGAAAAAAAAGCAUAAAUGUUAAUGACAAAUUGACAAUUUAUUUAGUAAACAGAUGUCAAUUGAUAAAAGAACUAGAUUGAUGACAAUGUUGUUGUUAUACAUUCUAUUAUAACUUGCAUCAUAUAAGAUUUGUCUCUGAGAACAUAGUUACCUUACUACAAAUGAAUUGAAUAUGUUGAUUUUAUGUCUUUUGCCCCAGUAUUAUUGAAGAUCAAUAUUGGGAAAUCUAUUUUUUGGGUUAACCAGUCUUUCGUGGGCUAACCAUCUUUUUUUUGAAAUUUUAAAAUCUGUAUGUCUACGACAAUACUAUAAUCACUAUGAAUAAUAGAUAAAUAUUGAAUGAUAUUUAAUCUGCACUACCUUCUGCACUUAUUGUAAUAAAGAUUUUGAUUCUUGAAAUGCAACAGAAUUCCAGCGCGGUAUAUUGUGUGUUGUAGUAUUUUCUUGUUUGUUUUUGUCUGUAAUUUAGGAAGCCAAAAAAAAUUACAGUUGAAUUCACAAGACAUAAGCUGUAGACUACCAUUACAGGCUUACAGAAUGCCAUAUUUUUGAUUACGCAGCAGGAAGGCUUUUAUUUUGAACAGCUAAUUGAUAUGUUUCAACUUCUUGCAAGGAAUUGAAAAGUAUAAUGGGGUGGCUGUAGAUAUAGGGCUAUCAUAAAAUAAUAUAAAUUGGAAUGCAAGUUUCGAAUCAUUUUUUUAUGAGAAACAUUUUAAGAUGUUUUUUUUGGUUCGAGUACGAAUGAAUCUGAUUCCGUUUAUCCUUACUUAAUUUUGAUUUAUCUAAAACAGAAAAGUCAAUUCAAAAUUUUGAAGAUGAAAGAAAGCUGAAGUAGGCAGUGUUGUCAUAUUGGGUGUCUGACCAAAAUAAAACCAUUGAAAUCCCUUACUAACUAGACUAUAAGCAAAUUUAAUUGUACAAUUUCCAAUUUAAAACACACUUGAGCCAGUAUGCUGAAAUGGGUUCAAACUGAGACCAUUUGGGACACAACAUCAUAUUUAUUCUCUAAACUUGGGGCUACUGUUUUUCAGAUAGGUGUAAUUCUUGACAUCACUAAGGUUUUUCUUGCAAUUUUCCGAUCCCAAUUCUGUCCAACUCGAUCAACAACUAACUAAGCUCCUUGGCUUCAACGUAAAAGAAACGGAAAUAUAUUUAUUUCAUAGCUACUGUAUUGCUUGAACAAGUAUUUACAACGUGAACUAUUGUGGACAAUAAUACUGUUUUAACAAUGAAGACCGGAAUAUGACAGAUGGACACAAUUAAAACCAACUGAAAAGCUAGUAAUAAACAAAGUAUUCAACAGGAAUCUCACCAGAUUCAAAUAAGACUAUAUUAUGCCAUGCUAGCAGCGUGGCAUAAUUAAAUUGCAACAUAGGACAAGAGGCUUAUUUUAACGACUGCAAUGGAAUACUUGUGGACAGGAUACAUGUCUGAUUGGGACACUUUACAUGGCUUAUUUUAACAAGUCCAGUAGUUACUAAAAGGUUGUUUGUUACAAGCAAAAGUUCGAAACAAAUGAUUUUUAUCUUAUCUUCUGAAUGCUAGAUAGUGUUUUUGAAACUUUUGUGAAAUGGUAAUAUUUUCAACCUUUAGCAGUUUAUCUGCUGCAAACGAGUUUAUAGCCGUAUUUACCUUCUCAAAAUAUACAUAGUUCACACAUACUAGUAAAAAGAAAAUGCUGAUUAAAAAUGCACAAUAUCCCUAAUGUCAGUUCGGUAAACAAGCAAAAUCAUAGAAAAAAAGUAGAUAAAAGGCAUUAAAUGCUGUAGAGGAGCACAUAAUAUAAUGCUAGAUAAAAACUGGGCAUGUAUUUCAUCAGGAAAGUGAACGACUAAUAUUUUUGAAAAGAAAUGAUAUUCAUUUAUUAAGUACACAAUUGUCCUUAAAAAGACACGACAUGACAUACAAGAACACAAAAUGUUUCAAUUAUUACAACAAUCUGUACAAUGUAAAUUAUCAAGCAAUCUGCACUAUUGCUGCGCAUAAAAAUUGUUAGUUUAUGAGAAUUAAGCCAAUUUUCAGUCUCAAAUCUGACAAAAAAAAUGCUCAGACUGGCCGUAACACCCCUUCAACUAAUAAAAAAUGUCGCUUUCUAUUACUGAUUAAAUUAAAAUAAGAAUUAAGAUUAUAAUUGAUAAUGGAUAUUCGUCUUUAACAAAAAAGUCAAGGUAGAAGGAGGCUAGAUAGAUUCGGAUAGAUUUUUGAUAUUUUUUGUAAGUCCUGAAUAAAUCCCGAAGUCAGAACAUUUCCACACAUGUGAUCGGGACAUUGUCAUCAACUAGAGUUUAGUACAGAAUACAUAUGCCCUAGAAAAAAUGAAUGAACGAUUGUAACAUAACGGAACAUUAUUCAAGUGAUGCUAUGGCAAGCAGUCACUUUAUAGAAAAGCCAAAAUACAUUCUAUGCCAAGUAAAAAAACAUACGUCUGUGAACUGUUCGAAUUAUAAAAAAGAAAAAACAAGAAA